GGGAGACCCUACUUCUCAGCAAACACCAGAUACGGGAGCCACACUUCGUGAUAUGGUGCGCGAGAUUCUGCACGAUGGUCCCGAGGAGGAGGCAGCUCAAGGAGAUGUAAGUCAGAUGCGUCGUGCGCUCAUGCGAGAGCGCGUGUAUUCUCGAGCAAACGAACAGCAGCGGGUGGGUGUUGCACAGCGCCAUGCUUCUCAUCAGGUACAACAGGGUGUCUGGCCCUCGCAACAGGGAGCGGGAACAAUGCUCGCGAAUAUUCUUGGCGGCCCGGAGCAGCUAUCGGCUGGUGCUCCUGGUGCUACGUCGAACAUGAUCUUC